CUUUCAACCUCGACAUCAUUCUGCUACAAAUAUCGGGCCUGAGAUGCGCUCUGCGCUCUCGGUCCAUAAACUUUAGUUCGAGUGUCAUGGUAUCCUCUAAUGCAUUUGGGACUUCGCCACUAGGAGACACAAGACGUCAACCGUUGCACGUCAAUUCUUCAUCUCCUGACCUCCCAUCGCUUCGGGACGUUUUAACGACGAAAACCACAUCCCAACCCUCGGCACAUAGUGGAAGCGGAGCCGCAGCACUUUCGAUAGAUGGGCCCUCUGGUUUCAUCUCUGCUCGCCAACUCUAUCCAGCAACAGAAUCGGCGCCAAAGGUUGUUUCGACACCAUCGACGGGAUUGCCUUGGACAUUAUCCCAUCCCGGUGAAGUCACUGGACUCGCAGAAGAUGUAUCUGGAAACGGUGGAUUUAUUGCUGGGGACAAUGAGCCACCAAAAGAACGAGAGGAACAUAUAGAGGUGAUAAAAAUCACGGGCAAAUCGACCAGAAAGCCUCGCCAACAGAAGGUGUCAAAUCAAGCUGCGCCUAAACGGACUGCCAAGCCAAAGCCAACGACAAAGAAGCAGUCGAGCAAAGCAGCUAGCAAAGACCAUAGCCCUGCAAAGGAUAAUGACGAUGACAAACAAAAGAAAGUCAAGCCUACGAAGCCAAGGAAGAAAACCGGUACUAUGAGUAGCCACUUUCCACCACCAAAGGAGUCCAAGGAUUUGGAAAAGGCGAAACAGAUUGAUGUGAAUGAACCCCUCCAUCUGGAACAAGCACCUGCACGGAGAUUGGACUGGACCCCUCCAGCUCAAAAGACUAUUGUCGAUCUUGAUUCAGAUUCAUCUGUUUUCAAAAAUCUAGGGUCCUCUGAAGCAGAUCAACGUUUGCCUGUCUUCAAGAAUCUUGUCGAUGGUUAUUCUUGCAUGGAAGGGCCCAACGAAUCGAUAUCUCACAGCAUCACGAAUGCUUCAGACGAAGACUCCAGUUUCCUUAAGAAACGGAAGCGCAUUGAACUUUUAGCGACAAUGGGUACCGAUGCACCAGCUAUGGCACAUGACAAGUCUCCAACAAAGAAGGCCCCAAAAAAGAAGAAGCCCAGGACCAUUACGGAACUUGCAACGGCUGCAUACAGAGUGCCUAGUCAGCCAGAUACUGAGCCGCCAAACGCUUCUAUCCUUGAUCAUUUCUCCACUACUAACAAGGAAGCGGGGUCCCUGGCUGAUGAGCAAACAAAGAAUGCUAAGGGCAAAAGCACAUCACGACGGAAACCAUCAAAAGCCCCUAAAAAGAAAGUGCCCCCAAAGCCCGUGCUGUUGUCACCCAGUGCGGCUCUGGCUCAGGUUGCUAAUCAGGACUUUGUUUUUGGUACCUCCAGCCAGCUUGCCAGAGAAGAAUCCCCGACUGUCCUCAGGGAUCUUCAGGCAGCUUUGAGACAGUCGGAUCAGAACCACGACAUGGAUUUCGCGAUGCCUUUGAAUAGUGAUGCGAUUGAAUCGCCGCAACAACGAAGUAACCUUUGGGAUGCAGCUGCUCGUGAUGCAGAAGGGGAUCUCUUCGAUGUCGAAGUAAUUAAUCUUGCAGACGACACAGGACUCUCAGAGGUUGGUCAUGUUUCAAACCCCUUUGGAUAUCAACUGGGUGCAGACGAUUCUGUCAUUUGUGUCGAGAGCCGUGUCCUCGAUGAUCAUAUUCCACCUGCCAAGCCUCGCAACGAUAUACCAUCGCCUGAUGAGAAGGACCUGGUGGACUCCAGAGCUAGUUCCCCGUACUUUUCCGACAGUGAACUGUCAACGAGCACUAAUGUCCAUCGCCCGCCGCUAGCACAAACAGAAGUUAGCCAGGCAAAUCAAAUGACGACGGCAGAAGAACCUGAGAGCUUGCCCGAGCUCCCAGCACAACCACCUCGACCCAAUUAUGAAGCGUUCACAGACAUUCGCCUGGCAAGAGAAAUAAAAAGGUUUGGAUUCAAACCUAUCAAGCGGAGAAGUGCGAUGAUUGCACUACUCGACCAAUGUUGGCAGAGUAAGACUCGUAUGGGCCAGGCCAGCCUCCAUACCAGCACCAAGUUAUCUUCACCUACCAAAACUACCAGGGCGACACCUCCGGCUACUACUAGUAGUCCAAAGAAACCUAGAGGCAGGCCGCGGAAGAACAGUAUUAAUGCCCCCGAGCCCCAAGAACCGCCUCCAUCUGCUCAACCGCCUGAAACCCCCAAGAGGCCUCGUGGCAGGCCGAGGAAAGACAGUUUGAGUUCGACACCAGGCGCUGCCUCUCCAAGCAAGCCUAAAUCAGCGGCGAAACCACAGCGAGUGGUGGCAUCACCUCGCCGCAAGAAGGCUACUGCUAAAUCUGUCAUUGAGAUCCCUGACUCCGAAGAUAACGAGAGCGACGAAUUUGCUUCUUCGCCUGAUACCAACGCUGAACAGAUGUUUUCUUCCCCACCACCAUUGGAUAUGUCUCUUACAACUAACGAUGGCACACCGCUCACAGCCACCCAGAGCGAUCAAGAGGCGCUCUUGUUUGACCACAUCACCAAUGCUGUUACAUCUGCCCCACGUACUACUAACCCGCAAGAGCCAUCCUGGCAUGAAAAGAUAUUGAUAUACGAUCCAAUUGUUUUAGAAGAUCUCGCAGCAUGGCUCAAUACGGGCGAGCUUAGUCGUGUGGGCUAUGAUGGAGAGGUCAAUCCAAAUGAUGUCAAGAAAUGGUGCGAAUCGAAAAGCAUAUGCUGCCUGUGGCGGAUCAGCCUGCGCGGCAAAGAACGGAAGCGAUUUUGAUACCAUCGGAUAGCGAGCAUGGCGUUAUUCUUCGACUCUUCUGAAUUACCGGCGUUGUUAUCAGCAUGGAUUUGCAUUUACUGGCAUAGGUGUUUUCUAUACUUCGCAGAGCGCUUGAUACCGCUGUCUGGAGUUGUUGUCAAGAGGUGGGGUAGAAACCUGGAUGAGACAGUGCUCACUAUUUGACUAGACAAGAACGAGCUCAAUGUUUAUACGGCAACAAUGAUAAAUACAAU